GUACGUCUCUCUCUUCUCUUUCUCUCUCUCCCUACUAAAUACUAAUGUGUGUGAAUGAAUCUCUGUUUCUUGUUUUGGAACCGAGAUGGCUUCCUAACAAUUGGGCUUUUCUCUGCCUCUUCCUAGGAAUCUGAAGCUCUUCUCUACUCUCUACUCUAUCACUCCAUCUGUGUAAGUUUUACUCAACCUCUUUCUCUUUUUUUCUUUGCUUUAUUCUUUUAGAUUCACAUAGGUUUUCGUGUGUUUGAUUUUGACCAACAUUUGGGAUUUUAUUUUACUUCUUUUUGGAGUUUGUUUGCUAUUGGGGAUCUCUAGUCUGUGAAAAAGAUUUCAGUUCUUGCGUCUUAUCUUCUCGUUUCACACAAUCUUUUUUUCUUACUUUAGACAACAAGUCUGUCUCUUGAUGAUGAUUCACAUAUGGGUUUUGUCAUUCGUGUGGUUUUGCGUAAUACCCAAUCCCAAAGAACAUAUCUUUCUUAUUCUUCUAGGCACUAUCUAUUUUUCACUUUUUGUAAUUGGAAUUUGGAGAUGGCUAUGCAAACUGUGAGAGAAGGUCUCUUCUCUGCUCCACAGACUUCUUGGUGGACUGCUUUUGGAUCUCAGCCGUUGGCUCCGGAGAGUCUCGCCGGCGAUUCUGACUCAUUCGCCGGAGUUAAGGUCGGAUCUGUCGGAGAGACAGGACAACGUGUGGAUAAACAGAGCAACUCUGCAACGCACUUAGCUUUCUCACUUGGUGAUGUAAAGAGUCCAAGACUUGUGCCAAAGCCUCAUGGAGCUACUUUCUCAAUGCAAUCACCUUGCUUGGAACUUGGAUUUUCUCAGCCACCGAUCUAUACAAAGUAUCCCUAUGGAGAACAACAAUACUAUGGAGUUGUUUCAGCCUAUGGAUCUCAGAGCAGGGUAAUGCUUCCUCUAAACAUGGAAACGGAAGAUAGUACCAUCUAUGUGAACUCAAAGCAAUACCAUGGAAUCAUAAGGAGACGCCAAUCCCGCGCAAAGGCUGCUGCUGUUCUUGAUCAGAAGAAAUUGAGUAGUAGAUGCCGCAAGCCAUAUAUGCAUCAUUCGCGCCAUCUCCAUGCAUUGCGGCGUCCUAGAGGAUCCGGUGGGAGAUUCUUGAACACUAAAAGUCAGAACUUGGAAAAUAGCGGAACCAAUGCAAAGAAAGGUGAUGGAAGUAUGCAGAUUCAGUCUCAGCCUAAGCCUCAGCAAAGUAACUCUCAGAAUUCUGAAGUUGUUCAUCCGGAAAACGGGACCAUGAACUUAUCGAACGGAUUAAAUGUGUCGGGAUCAGAAGUUACUAGCAUGAACUACUUCCUAAGUUCUCCCGUUCAUUCUCUUGGUGGCAUGGUAAUGCCUAGCAAGUGGAUAGCAGCAGCAGCAGCAAUGGAUAAUGGCUGCUGCAAUUUCAAAACCUGAUCCUUUACCGUUUCACAGUCAAACGGAGAGAGAUAAAGAACUCUUGCCUUGGUAUAAAGGAUUUUCCUUUUUGCCAAUCCGCUUUGGCUGUGAACAGGCAAAUCAUCUUUGGCUCAUUCUCUAUUAAGGUAACUUCGCCGUGAGGUGAAAAAAGCUUUGAUAUAUUUAUCUUCAGUGUAAAAGUAGUUAAAACUGGUGAAGAACAAUGAUGUGUUUGGUCACUAAACCCACUUGUUCCAACUAGUAGUGUGUGUUUUAAGAAAACUCUGUUAUCUGAUUUUGUAGCUCUCUCUGGCUUUGUGUGUUUCUCAAACAACUGUAACAACUUUUAAGUUAUGUGGUUUAUGUAACAUAUUUAAGACCUGUGUUUUUGUAUAUUUGGUCGAAUUUAUGUUAUUAUUUGCUUAUUAUCCAGGAC